GGGCCACUCUCACAGGCUCACAGGAGGAGCUGCCUUUAAAGAUGCCCCUGAUGGAGGCCGAGGAACAGGAGGAAGACUCCAGCUCCCUCUCAAAUGACAAAUCGGAGAGUAACUCACAUCACUACCUCUGCUAUGUGCCCCUUGGGAUUGCCUUUCUUGUGCUGGCUGGAGCUGCUGCAGCAACCUGGUAUUUCCUAGACUACAGACCAUGGCACCUGGAACCAUCCAUCCUGCAGUUUUACUGUGGCAGCCUCCAGGUCCUCAAUCGCUGGUACUCCCCGGACCUUGGGCAGGUGGAGUCCAGAGCCUUUUGGGUGGAGUCAGCUAAGCUCCAGAACAUGCUGAAGGAACUGAUUCGUGCCACAGAGCUGGGUCGAUAUUACAACUCGAGUACAGUGUAUGCCUUUGGGGAGGGGGCUCUGACCUUCUUCUUCUGGUUCACCCUCCAAAUCCCUGAGAGUCAGCAGAAGGAAACAACUGCUGAGAAGGUAAACACAGUGCUCCAUCAAGAGCUCUCCACCAGCUUCAACAGCUCAGGCAGCCUGUCCUAUCAGAAGGAGUACAGGGUCAACCCAGAUUCGCUGGUUCUCCUGGAAUCCAGUGUGAAAGACAUAGCAGUGCUGAAAUCCACUCUGGGUUGCUACAGGUACAGCUAUGUCCAGGAGGAUGAUAUCCUAAGGCUGGAGGGCCCUGACUACCUGGCCUCCAGUUGUCUUUGGCACCUCCGUGGCCCCAAGGGCUACAUGAUCAAGCUACGCCUGGAGUGGACUCUCCCUGAUUGCAGGGACCGCCUGGCAAUGUACGACACAGCUGGGCCCCUGGAGAAACACCUCAUCACCUCGAUCUAUGGCUGCAGCCGGCAGGAGCCCAUUGUGGAAAUCCUUUCGUCUGGCCCUGUCAUGUCCAUUGUGUGGAAAAAAGCCAUGUACAGCUACUUUGACCCCUUCAUUCUCUCAGCACAGGCGGUGCCCCUCAAAGCUUGUGAAGUGAAUAUAACUCUGCGGGAGGGCCUGGAGCUGCAAGGGAAGAUUGGCACCCCACAUUACCCCAGUUACUACUCGCCCAACACGCAGUGCACCUGGCACAUGAUGGUCCCUUCCCUUGACUAUGGAGUCACCCUCUGGUUUGACGCCUACGCACUCAGCAGACAGAAGCACGACCUGCCCUGUACCCAAGGCCAGUGGAUAAUUCAGAACAGAAGGUUGUGUGGGCUGCGGACCCUACAAGCCUACGCUGAGAGGAUCCCAGUCUCAUCUUCUGCUGACAUCACCAUCGCCUUUACUUCGCAGAUCUCCUUAACUGGCCCUGGUGUACAGGCAGCUUACAGCCUGUACAACCAGUCUGACCCCUGUCCUGGGGAGUUCCUGUGUUUGGUGAAUGGCUUGUGCGUCCCAACCUGUGACGGGAUCAAAGAUUGCCCCAAUGGGCUGGAUGAGAGAAAUUGUGUGUGUCCUGCAAAGUUCCAGUGCCAUGAAGACAGCACUUGCAUCGAGUUCAGCAGGGUCUGCAAUCAGCAGCUGGACUGUGUCAAUGGGAGCGACGAGGAGCAGUGCAGUGAAGGGGUCCCCUGUGGUCCUUUCACCUACCGCUGUGAAGACGGGACCUGUCUGAAGAAACCCAACCCCCUGUGUGACACCACUGCAGACUGCAAGGACCUGUCUGAUGAGAAGCACUGUGACUGUGGGAUGCAAGCCCCUCUCAGCAGGAUUGUGGGUGGUCUGAAUUCUGUGGAAGGGGAAUGGCCAUGGCAGGCCAGUCUACAAGUUCGGGGCCACCACAUUUGUGGGGGAACACUCAUUGCUGAUCGCUGGGUGGUCUCAGCUGCGCACUGCUUCCAGGAUGAGAGGCUGGCUUCCCCCUCCAUAUGGACCGUUUACUUGGGCAAAUACUUUCAAAAUGCCACCAGCCAUACAGAGGUGUCCUUCAAGGUGAUCCGCCUCUUCCUCCACCCUUAUUAUGAAGAGGACAGCCAUGAUUACGAUGUGGCACUGCUCCAGCUGGACCAUCCUGUGAUCAUCUCACCUUUAAUCCAGCCUAUCUGCUUGCCUGCUCCUUCUCACUUCUUUGAGCCUGGCCUUCACUGCUGGAUCACUGGCUGGGGGGCCCUCAAGGAAGGCGGGCACAUCAGCAAUAUUCUGCAGAAGGUGGACGUGCAGCUCAUCCAGCAGAACAUCUGCAGUGAGGCCUAUCACUACAUGAUUACUCCCAGGAUGUUGUGUGCUGGGUACUACAAGGGCAAGAAAGAUGCCUGCCAGGGUGAUUCUGGAGGUCCGCUGGCCUGCAAAGAACCCAGUGGCAGAUGGUUUCUGGCUGGUUUGGUCAGCUGGGGAAUGGGAUGUGCACGUCCAAAUCACUAUGGAGUAUACACCAGGAUCACUCAAGUGCUGGGCUGGAUAAACCAAACCAUGAGCUGAGGAAAGUGCAUCUCUAUCUUCUCCCCAUCACACCUACACUCACAUGGCACAUUUCUGAUCUUGCUCACUUGCCUCUCAGAGAGUGUGGGAUGUAGUCAGACCAGGAUGCUCUUCUGAAUAGGGCAAGAGAAGGCUGCCGUAGGGAUUGUAGAUAAAAGCAGGCAGACCUUCUUCCCUAUCAGUGCCUCACAGGGAGCAUCCCAAGGGGUUUUUAGGCCAUCCAUCCAAAAGAGGGGGGAAGGGAAAGGGGGGAGGAGGAGUUGGGGGCAAUGACAUGACACACAGCAAUAGUCCCAAGUUGAUGGUUCCUGAGAAGAGGAAUAAGAGGGUUCAUGAACUUUCCAUGAACCAUGUGAUUCAGCCACAGUCUUAUGCUGGAACAUUUGCUGAAAGAAAAUGUGACUGAUGUAGUUAGAGAUUCCAGUAACUGUGAAAUCAAUCUGCCUCCCUCUUCCUUCCUGCUGCUUAUCCUUCAUCCCCCUUCCCCUCCCAUCACUCCUCCUCUUCCAUCUCCCUAAUUGCUUCUUUUCUUAGCUGGCGUGUGCUGUUCAGUGUGCUGUUCAGCUCAGCCAGGCAACUCUUCACGUCUCACUGACUCCCAGGCACGAGUCCAGCAUUGCACCCCCAAGCACGUGUCCUGCCUUCCUGCUGGAGCAGCACCCAGCCUCCACUGCUGUACUUCCCUCAGUAAAAACACUAGAGCAGCCUCCCAUUCCCUUCCCUCAGCCCUCCUAAAUACCUUCAACAUAAGGAUGUCUCAACUGCUUCCAUCUCCUAUCUCAGGUAAUGCAGGAAGUGAAGGAGAAGGCUUCAGGGCACAGUGCUUGAACUGCAACUGCUAUGGGUUUGGGUUUUUUACUAAAGAUACACGUAUGUGUGUGUGUGUAUAUGGAUAUAUACACAAUGGACUGCUCUCUGGAAUUAGAAAUAAAAUUAAUCUGA